AUGAAGUUUUCCGAAGAAAAAUUUAACCAUGACCUUGUCGAGUUUGUUAGGAAGUAUAACACUAGCCAUGACGAUAAUUUCAAACUGAUUCUGGUAAGAAAUUUGCCUUUGACGCCAUGUGUAAAAUAAGAUGAUGUAAAGAACUUGCGAGUUGUUUCUGCAGGCUCCAGAGAAUCCCUCUGCUCUCCAAUCCAGAACUCAUUCCGCUGAGCUUCGAACAUUUUUACCAUUAAAUUCGACACCUUGUGUCCGAUUAUUGUCCAUUGUCUACAACAAGAUCUACGGAUGCCCCCAGCUGUUUUUCAACUUUUACUCCGAAAAUGGCCAGCUUAUUGUGAUCGACAAGAUCCGUCAGGCCUUGAUGACUCCUGAUAACGAGAAUUUUUGGUCAUUUAUCUCUCAAAACGAGCAUCCGGACAAAGGAAUUGCCUUCUACAAUAUUCAUCCAUGCAAAACCGUUGAAUUCUUCGAUGAAUUAGAGGAAAAUGUGGACUCGAACACUAUAUUAUAGUAGGUUCUAAUAUGAACACCUUUUUAUUAACAACAAUCACAGAAUAUGUUAGCAAAACAAUACUUAUUAUUAUUAAUUUUUGAGCAGCAAAUGAAAAACCCGUUAAACCCUGAGCAAACUGUUGACUAGACACGGUUAUUUAAGUGAUGUAUGGCACAUGAGCAAAUAUUAAAAAACCUUUGUUUUCAGUUGGUUGUCAGUAUUUGGAGCGUUUUUGGGACUGAAUUUGGAGGCAAUUGCUUCAUGA